AUGACGAUAAUAGUUAAUUUGAGUCCAGGACAAUUAGCAGCGAUUAUUAACUUUUUAUUGCCAGUUAUCAUUAGCAGGAUAGGUAUUAUAUUGAUGUUAAAAAAUAUUAACGAUAAAAUGACAGCUUUAGAGUGGACAACAAUAAGUGAAUUAAUAGUUAAAGGUCCAAUUAGCUCUUACGGUAUGUGUGGUGUGCCAGUGACAACAUCGUUUAAAUUGUCGGUUGAGGGCAAGGGAUCAUACAAGCCCAAAAUGUUUAUUAAUAAAACCGACGUAUGGCAAUCAAACUUACAACCUCUUGGUGGCAAUGGCCAAAUGAUUGACUUUACCGCUGAAACAUUAGGCGCUGAAUCUGGAGAAAAUAUCUCUAAUAAUAGUGUAUUAGUUAGUGAAAAUAGUCUUUGGUUACCAGCCGAAAAUCCUCCUUUGGGAAAUGGAAUCGGGAAUUUGGCAUUGCAUCAACAAUGGAGAAAGGAAGGCACUACAGAAGAGAGUAUAAGUCGUAUC